UUACGACAAAUUUAAACCAAUAAAGGUGCUUGUAAACAAUUAAACUUUGAAUGAAUGGUCAAGAUUGAGACUAUAGUGAUCCUAUAGCUAAAAAGGGAGCCUCUAUUAAAUAACAAAUAAAAUUUUCGAUUGUGUCAGACUGGUGUCUGCGGUAUUUUGAAUUUUCGUCGACUUUUUUUAAGUUAAAUUUUCUUGGAAUUGGAAUCUAAUGGCGGUUACAACUUCCAGAGUUUCCGGAAAGAAAUUGAUGACUUCAGUAUCAAUAUCGGCAACUACAGUUGGGAGAAUUGGAAAUGAAGGGUUUAGAUUAGGGAGAUGGAUUUCUUCUGUCAUCGACGGUGGAAAGAAGGUUGCGGCACUGUGGGGAAAUGGAGAUUAUGGGAGACUGGGAUUGGGAAAUUUGGAGUCCCAAUGGAAGCCAAGGAUUUUGAAUUCUUCUGCAUUUUAUGAUCAGAGCCUCCGCGAAAUUGCCUGUGGUGGAGCUCAUACCCUUUUUCUAACAGAAAAUGGCCGUGUCUAUGCCACUGGUUUGAAUGAUUUUGGGCAGCUAGGAAUUUCGGAUGAUAGAAGUUAUGCUACUGAGCCACUUAUUGUCACUGGAAUUCCUAAAGAAGUUGUAAAAAUUUCAGCCGGUUAUCAUCACUCUUCUGCAAUUACAGUGGAUGGCGAGCUUUAUAUGUGGGGGAAGAACUCAGAUGGACAACUUGGGUUUGGGAAAAAGGCAGCAAAGCUAGUUACUCUUCCCAGUAAAGUGGAAUGCUUGAAUGGAGUUUCCAUUAAGAUUGCCUCUUUGGGUUCUGAGCACUCAGUUGCUGUUACAGAUAAAGGGGAGGCCUUGAGUUGGGGUGGAGGAGCAUCUGGAAAACUUGGACAUGGUCAUGGAUCCAGCAUAUUGGGAUUUCGAAAAAGUAACAGUGAAUUCACUCCACGACUGAUUAAGGAUCUGGAGGGAGUGAAGGUUAAAAGUGUUGCUGCUGGGAUUUUGCAUUCUGCCUGCAUUGAUGAAAAUGGCUUUGUAUAUAUUUUUGGUGAAAGAGCAAAGGCGAAGAUGGUAGGACGUGGAUUGCCACAAGAAAAUUGUCGAAUAUCUUUUGCUUCCUUUCUUUUUUUCGUGAACAAAAGCUGCAUUUUCACUAGUGAUAUGUCUCUAAUAUGUGGCUACUUUUUUACAAAAAAACAGGGCUUUGAAGAAGGAAAGAGUGUUACAGUUCCAUCUCUUAUGAGCAAAAUGCCACCAUCUGAAGAGGUUGCUUGUGGUGGUCAUCACACUUGUAUCAUUACAAGUGGUGGGGAGCUGUACACAUGGGGCUCAAAUGACAAUGGCUGUCUUGGUAUUGGAUCAACUGAUGUUGUUCAUUCACCUGAAAGAGUUAAAGGUCCAUUUGUGAGGCAUCCUGUUUGUAAGGUGUCCUGCGGUUGGAAGCACACUGCAGCAAUUUGUGGGGGCAAUAUGUACACCUGGGGCUGGGGUGGUUCACAUGGAACUUUUUCUGAAGAUGGACAUUCUUCUGGUGGCCAACUGGGGCAAGGGGAUGACGUUGACUACAUUGAACCUAAGGCGAUUGACUUUUGCAAUAAAGUGAGAGCAUGGCAAGUUUCAUGCGGAUUUAAUCAUACAGGGGCUAUACUGGAAGUUGACAAAGAACCACUUUAAUAACAUAAGGUUCUUUUUUGUCUUUCAAGAAUGCUGUGAAUUUCUCCACCAGCAAAUUUUCACCUCAGUGAAAAUGCGGUAUUUGGAACCAUGCAUGUGAUAUCUGCAAUUUCAUCCUCAGGUGAAGAGUAUAUGAAAGUAAUCUUCGAAUCAGCUGAUUCCCAUAAAAUCAGAAGUCAAGUUUAGGUGCGCUACGUUUCAGCCAAAGGAAAUAAAAGACUAGAUGCAGUUAUUUAUCAAAUAAUCACGUGAAAGGAGUACUUUGUGAAGAAAUAUAUUAUUUUCAUUUAUAUUCUCUUGUAUAAGGUACAUUCAGCACUGUAAAGUUGUGACUUCGAAAAGAGACCCUCUUUGAACCCUGUAAUGUGAUAUCACAGGUUUUCAUCAAUGCAUUCAAAGCAAACCCUAGCUCCCAAGUCGGUAGGCUAA